ACCACCCAUACAAGGGACGGUCAUGGCUGCACCCACCGUAACCCAAACAGUCCAGUCUGUAUCUGCUCCAGUGAGUACAGUUUACAACAUACAACCCAUACAAGGGCCAGUCAUGGCUUCAUCCACUGUGACUCAAACUGUUCAGUCAACAUCUAUGCCUGGUGUAGUCCCACAGAUUGUAGUGGUGCCCCCCCGUCUGACUGAUGUCCCAGGGCAGAUGAAAUGCCCACACUGCCAGCACCAGGUUGUCACGGAGACGACAUUCAUCAAUGGUGUGCUUGUCUGGGUCAUCUGUGGAUGUCUUGGCAUUCUCGGGAUCUGGCCAUUCUGUUUGAUUCCGUUCUGUGUGGAUGCCUGCAAGGAUGUAGAACAUCGCUGUGCUUUCUGCAAGACCCUCGUCUACGUGCACAAACGCAUGUAAAUGGUUCCGGAGCAAAGCAAAUCUAAACAAAUGACCAAAAAAUAAAUAAAAACUUCAGCAGACUUAAGAGAACUCAAACCAAGAGUGUCCCAAAUCCUUAAAAAUUGUUUCAGCCUUAAUGGUAUAGAACUGUUUUAGAUAUAUUUUCAUUUGUUUCUAUUUUUUUAUCACUCACAGACAGACAGACAGACAGACAGACAGCUUGUUUAUUUGAUUACAAUUUUGUUCUUAAUUUAAAUAUUUGGGUUCAAUCACUCAAUAUAAGCAAACACUUGUUCACCUCAGACAUAAUAAAAAUAAAAAUUUCAGAGCAUGUUUUUUCUGUUAAUGUCCGAGCACUGAGAUGAGUUGGCAUUUUAGAUCAAAUAAAUACAGUACCA